CGCUGUCUGUCUCUGUCUGCGUGCGUUUGUUUCCCAGUUUCCGUGACUGCGUUGCGCUCGAAAAGCGCAAAUAAGAAUUCGUAAAUCAAAGGCAAACACAAACAAGGAGUGUGUGUGUGGUUGCUGCCAGAAAAGUGUGCAAAACUUCUUCUAGCCAUAAUCAAAAUUACAAACACACACAGGCGCUGACAUUGACAGACAGAGAGAGAAAGAGAGCCAUUGGAAGAUUGGAAAUAAAAAAGGAGCAUUCUUUGACCGUCCGCUAAAACAACUCAUCACAUCAGCAAUUUUUGUAAUUCUUCAGUGCAAUUAGCACAUCAACAGCAGCAGUAGCAACAACAACAACAGCAACAACAGAACAACAAGAUGGCAACAACACCACGCAGCGGGGGUUCCAAUUCUGGAGCCGCACAACGACCCAAUGGCACAUCGCAGAAUAAAAGUUGCCAGUUUAAGUUGGUGCUCCUUGGCGAAUCGGCUGUAGGUAAAUCGUCGCUGGUGCUGCGCUUUGUCAAGGGCCAGUUCCAUGAGUACCAGGAGAGCACGAUAGGUGCGGCCUUUCUAACACAGACCAUUUGCAUAGAGGACACUGUUGUCAAGUUCGAGAUCUGGGAUACAGCUGGCCAGGAGCGGUAUCACAGCUUAGCUCCUAUGUACUAUAGGGGAGCACAGGCCGCCAUUGUUGUCUAUGACAUACAGAAUCAGGACAGUUUUCAGCGUGCAAAGACCUGGGUCAAGGAACUGCAUAAACAAGCCUCACCGAACAUUGUCAUUGCGUUGGCUGGCAAUAAGGCGGAUUUGUCGAACAUUCGCGUCGUGGAGUUCGACGAGGCGAAGCAAUAUGCCGAGGAGAAUGGCUUGUUGUUUAUGGAAACGUCGGCGAAGACGGGCAUGAAUGUCAAUGAUAUCUUCUUGGCAAUUGCCAAGAAACUACCCAAGAACGACAACAAUCAAGGAUCUGUUAUAAAGCCAAAUGGAAACGAACCAACUCAAACGACGAACAACUGCUGCAAGUGAUGUCCUUUUGUAGAAAAUGAAAUUUCCAUCGGGAGAUUUGAAAAGUUUAUGCUGAUAAUUAUAAAUAAAAAAUUAUUUAAAAUUUAAAACUAAAGCCGGCUCAUAAGGGCAAACAAUUUAAUUUUCAUAAUUAAUGAUGAUGAAGAUGAAAAAGAGAAACAAAAACAAACAAAAGAAAAAAAAACCGGAACAUAAAGAUAAUAUUAAUUAUAAAUUAAAUUAAAUGGAAAAAAAGAAAAACAGAAAACAGAAAACCACAAACAAAUCGUAAAAGCGAAAAGUUAGUUUAAAUAAAAUCACAUAGACCCGUUAAAAUCAAGCGAAACUUUAUCAAAUACAGAACAAAAAGCGCUCCUAACUUACUUCUAUCUCUGGCCCCAUAGUUCAUAACCGCCACUUAGAGAGCUCCUCCUUCAAUUUCAUCUCAACCAGAUGCGAUAUAGUAAUAAUAAUAAUAAUAAUGAUACACUUAAUAAAAGCGGGGAAAUGUUUUCGAGAGUUCCA